UCAACAAACAUCACCAUCAAUUUCAGGUUGUUGACGUUUCACCGCGUAGCAAGUGAAAGUGUCACGUCAGUUGAAUUACUGUCAAUAAUUUUUUAUUCUUAUUUCUGAUUAACUGCAAGAGGCUGCCUAGUGGUUAUUACCAAGAACGAUGGGUGUAAAGCCUGCAAUUGGAAGAAAAUCUAACAAGAACCCACCGAUUUUUAGCCACGAAUUUGUAAUUCAAAAUCAUGCCGAUAUCGUUUCGUGCGUUGUUAUGGUUUUCUUAGUCGGUCUGAUGGUCCAGUCGACAAGUCCUGUUGCGAGUUUAUUUAUCGGUCUACAUCAUAAUGUCAGUGGUACUGAGCCAACCAGGGAUGUGCCAAAGGGAGAACCAUUUUUGUAUGAAGCUGGUUGGAAAGAUAUUUGUGCAGUAUUUUUCUACUCACAAGUGUGCAUAGUAAUGCAUGCUAUCCUGCAAGAGUAUUUCUUAGAUAAAAUAUCAAAGAAAUAUCAUCUUUCUAAAUCAAGGCUGAGUGCACUAAAUGAGUCUGGACAAUUGGUUGUGUUUCACCUCGUAACUCUGCUAUGGGGUGGCGAUGCUAUUCUUCGUGAAGGAUUUAUCUUUAACAUUUCAUACCUUUGGGAUGGUUACCCUGAUCACCCGAUGAGCUUCCUUUUGAAGUUGUGGUGGGUAGUACAAGCAGCAUACUGGGUGCACACCAUUCCUGAAUUGUACUUCCAGAAGGUUAAGAAAGAUGAAUGGGCCGGACGCAUCAGACAUGCUGCUGCUGCUUUUGCUUUUGUUGCCGUGGCAUACGGAUUUAAAUUCCAACGUGUUGGAGUGUGCCUCAUGGUGCUGCAUUCCCUGGCCGAGUUCAUUGCUCACAGCUACCGUCUCAACACCAUCCUGAGAGGAGAACGUGAAGAUUACUUAGAUAAAUUCCUGAGCGUGGUAAAUGGUGCGGUGUUUGUGACUGUGAGACUGUGCUCUCUGGUGCUGGGCGUGCUCACUUUCUACUACGGGCUGUCGGGCGUCGCGCCGUUCCUCGUGCGUGUUGCCGCACUCUCCGUAUUGGUCUCAUUCCAGGUGUUCUUAAUGUUUAACUUUAUCACGGAGGCCAUCAAGCAGAGGCAGGAAGCUCGCCAACUGGCUCUGAGUAAGCCCAAGAAAGAGAAGAAGGAGAAACCUAAGAAGGAGAAAGUUAAAAAGAUCCCCACUGAUGACUCUGAUUUACCCGAAGUGGAUCAAAACACAAACAAGACAUUGAGGCAGCGACAGGCGGCGGUCAAAGCUAAGUGAAAACGCACAACGUAAUUCGUAGCUAAGGAAAGUUAGCUUGUCCCCAUCCCGAUUUAACGUAGGACGUACAACUAUACAUUAUUUUU